UGUUGCUAGUUUUCUUUUCUAUUUCUUUUAUUAAUGGAAAAGGCAAAUCAAGUCAAGAAGCACCUAUAUAGGAUGGUUCUGUGCACCUUAUGCAAAAUGCUGCUUUCUGUUAAAUUAGUUGGUGGAGUAUAUGCUUAUCGACUCGGAGCAUCAGAAAUGAUCUGGUUUUCGUUUCUAUUUCUUUAUUAGUUCAAAGUGAUAUCCAUAUGAGAGAUAGAGCUGCAGCCCGACCAGACACUAAGCAUUCUGAGGAAGCACAUCAAACCUCAUCUCCUCUAAUGGCUGCUUCUUCAGAUCUGAAACGGUGUUAUGACGUCUUCCUGAGUUUCAGGGGUACGGACGUUCGAAACAACUUUCUCGGUCAUCUCUAUGCGGCGCUUGCCCAAAAAGGAAUCUACACUUACAUUGAUAGUGAGGAGCUUUGGAAAGGCGAACAAAUAACACCGGCACUUAUUAAGGCAAUCGAGGACUCACGCAUUGCAAUCAUCGUUUUCUCCAAGGACUAUGCUUCCUCACCGUGGUGUUUGGAAGAGGUGGAGAAAAUCAUGGAGUGCAAGGAGCAAAGAGGACUCACGGUAUUUCCGUUGUUUUACAAAGUGGAUCCUAGAGAAGUGAGAACACCAAGAAAGAGAUACCGAAAAGCUAUGGUUAAGCAUGAGAGAAAGUUUGGGAGAGAUUCGGAGAAAGUGAAGAGAUGGAAAAAGGCUCUCCAUGACGUGGGUAGCUUGUCCGGGUGGGAUUUGAAGGAUAAGUAAGUACUAAGUAGUGAUUGAUGUGACACUGCUUUGUUUUUUCUUUUUUAUAUGCUGAAUACAUCUUUCUUUUUUUCCCAUGAAAGUUAAUUAUCUUUGAAAUUAAUGUGUCAAGUACUUUCCCGAUUUUAUCAGAGAUGAAGCAGAUUCUAUAAAGAGAAUUGUGCGGGAGAUCUCUAUGCAGCUAGACCGAACACCCUUAUAUGUUGCCAAGCAUCCGGUUGGAUUACGUCCACAUGUUGUACGGUUGGAAUCAAUGUUAAAUCUUGAGUCUGAAGAUGAUGUUCUCAUGAUAGGGUUAUGGGGACAGGGAGGUGUAGGAAAAACAACAUUAGCUAAAGCCCUUUACAAUGAUAUUUUUAGACGAUUUGAGGCUUCAUGUUUUUUGGCAAAUGUUCGGGAAACUUCAAAAGAUUCCAAGGA